AUGCCAUCCAAAUCCCGUUUCUUUGCAAACUCCCCCGAAUUCCUCGACCGCAAAUAUUCUCCCUAUGUAACGCCAGAUGUCACUCUCAGCGAGCUAUAUGCGGCCGUUCCCAGACAUCUCUUCCGAAAGUCAACAACUUGGGGCGUCUACUAUGCGAUGAGAGACGCGACGCUGGUCUUUCUCAUGUACCAACUGGGCUGUCGACUCGAUACCUGGUUGGAAUGGUUAUCUGAGUCGCUUCAUGUCAGCCCAGCCUUGGGGAAUGUCAUCCGUUGGGUUUCUUGGUCCGCAUACUGGCCUUUACAAGGUCUUUCUUUCGCUGGUCUGUGGACGCUUGCGCAUGAAGCCGGGCAUGGAACCUUGUCCGAUUUCAGUUGGGUGAACCAUAUGAUUGGGUUCUUUGCUCAUACUUUUCUCUUCGUCCCAUAUUUCGCCUUCCGGGCUACGCAUAGUACGCAUCAUAAAAAGGCAGCAUCUAUUGAAGGAGACGAAAACUACGUUCCUCGAACGCGAUCGCAGUUCAAUCUUCCUCCAGCUGAUGCUGCUGGCAUUCGAGACUACCAUGCCGCCUUCGAGGAUAGCCCAUUAUACUGCCUCAUCGAAAUCCUCGUCAUGCAACUGGCCGGCCUACCUGCAUAUCUUAUUAUCAAUGUCAGAGGGUCCCAUAAAUACCCUCUUGGUACAAACCAUUUCUCGCCAUUCUCGCCCCUGUUCAAGCCACGUGAUCGCUUCACGGUGUUGGUCUCUGAUGUCGGUCUGGCCUUGAUGGCCUUUCUCUGCUAUACGUUCAUUACCCGGAACGGCCUCACAGCUUUUAUCCGCCUCUACUUCGUCCCGUACCUCUGGGUGAACUGUUGGAUCCUUACCGUAACGUAUGUGCAGCACACCGAUCCAACCGUCCCGCAUUAUCGCAAGGGCGAAUGGACGUUUCUCCGCGGCGCCCUUUCGACUGUAGACAGACCUGCACUGGGCUGGAUGGGUCGCUUCUUCCUCAAGAAUCUGGGCCACGACCACGUUACACACCAUCUCUUCUCUUCCGUUCCGUUCUACAAUCAGCCACAAGUCACAAAGCUUAUCAAGCCCGUUCUCAAGCAGCAUUAUAAUUACGACUCUACGAACCUGAUGUGGGCGCUGUAUAGAAGUUUCACCGAGUGUAGGUUUAUUGAAGACGAGGGUGACAUCGUUUUUUUCAAGGAUAGCGCGGGCAAUUCCACCCGUUUGCUUUGCACAGAGAUCUCGAUGGACACAUAA